AAAUGGUCUACUCACUUGGUUAUCGACGUCCGAGUCGGGUCUCUGAUGGGUCAUCGUUCACAUCCGCGAACGAGAAGAGGUUAUCUGGUGAUGGAUCAUAUCACUCUGGAACUGCUGGCUCGAUCAAAGGCAUCCCGGAAGCAUUGUCCUUCGACCGAAUCAUAGCUGGCGGUACUUGCNCCUGUAUGUAUCGUCACAUCUCGUGGAUGUCAAAGUAUUCACAAAUAAUUCUAAUCUCUACACAGCCAUGCACCACGCGUGAUUUCAUGAACUAUCUGAAGUACAUCGAACACAGUGCUGAGAAUCUGCAAUUCUACCUUUGGUACCGCGAUUACGUUGAGCGAUUCGACAAGUUGCCAGCCUCUGAGAAGGCACUGUCACCGGAAUGGAGUGCCGCUCAGAUGGACACCGAGAUUACUCAGCCAGCUCGUCGUCGCAAGAAGACUCCUACAGCGAUAACUACUGUGCUUGAGGGGACCGACUUUGCCGACACUGUGCCUCUCGCUGCCGAGAAACAAGAUACAUCCAACGAUCCUCGCAGCGAGUCACCGGAGGCCAUGAGGACUCCUGCCUCGCCUACCUUUUCUGACUUCGACUCUUCUAUGAGUAUGGAUAGACCUGUGUCAGGCCGAUCAGGUUACCAUCGCAGGGCUGCCGAAGCAUUAAAGGAUGCUGGUAUGCAGUGGAAGCCUUUCACCGCACAACCAUUCCGUGAGGAGAUGACACGCAUAAUCACACUCUUCAUUGCUGUCGAUGGAUCUCGUCAGCUCAACCUAUCUGAUCGUGAACGAAGCGCUGUUCUCCAUGCCCUUCAAAACACCACACACCCUUCUGCCCUACGCGCUGCGUUCAUGAGCGCCGAGUUCUCUCUCCGUCGUCAAGCCCAUCCCAACUUCAUUCGCUGGACAAUUUGCAACGGCAAUCGCCCUCGUGUCAUUUUUGCUCGAGGCCUCGGCAUUUCACUGAUCCUCCUCGGUAUCUUCGCAGAUAUCCUCAUCACACUGAGUUCUGCGAGCCGUGCAUGGCGUGUGCUACCUAUUAUCGGCUUAAUACUAGGUGUCUCGACGCUAUUUGCUGCAUGGAAGGGAAUGUGCGUAGUCCUCCACGGCAUGCACCACCGCCACCUCCGCCCCUGGGAACUCUUCGCCGACCCCGAGGACUCGUCAGAAAAAUCCAGCUCUCAGGAUUCUCUGGUCCAUCCCCCUGUCUCUGGUAGCUAUGAAGACGAACCUUGGGUCGCCAAAUACGAGAAACGCAAUCUCAUUCGCAAAAUCUUGGACCGAGAAGUCUGGAUCCAGGAGCCGGCGUUGCGACAGAUUCAGGAUACCAUCUUCAUACAGAGUUUGUUGGGUGCAUUCUUGGUUUCUUGCAUUGUGGUGGGUAUCUUUUGUGCUGUGCCGCGUGGUGGGUUCUUU